CUUGAAAGGAUUCUUUUUUCUUUCUUCUUUUUUUUUUGUCUGAUUUGUUUUUGUUUUGGCACCAGUCAGUUAGGGUAAACCUGAAGCUGGAUGCUUUUUGCUUCCUUUCUGGAAGCUCUUUGGUAUCUUCUUGCCAUCCCCGUUAUCCGCGUUCUGCGUGCAGGUGCUUGCUGCCAUCUUCUUGCCACCUCGUAUUGCAUCCUGCCAGCGCUCGCCUAGGCGAAGCGCGUGGGCCUGGACGCCGCCCACGCGAGCGCCGGGUGGCCCAGCGCAUCUGAUCAAAUUGCUAAGGUUUGGAUAAGAUCUUGGCUCGAAUCAAUUGGUUUGGUUAGAUCCUGAUUCCAGCCGCUCGGUCUGAUUUGAUCGAAGUCAGUAAAAACCCAAACCCCCUCCUCAUCCCGUGCUGCCCUUCGCGGCGACCGACGACCGCUACCGGCUCUCCUCCUCCCUGUAGACGACGGGCGACCGGCGGUACCUCUCCUCUCGCGGACGAAUUCUUGUCAAAGUUCUUGGACUUUGGACUUUUGAUGGUUGUCUUAAGUUGUUGGUUCCCUCAAUGGGUUGGUGUACUCAUUGUGCUGAAGAAUGCCCGACCGUUAGAGAUCCUGAUAAAGGAUACAUAUGCUGUGCCUUAUGUGGAAGGAUUAUUGAUGAAGAUAUAUACUUUACUGGGCCCACCUUUGCGAAGGAUAGCAGUGGUCAGAGCCGAUUCGCUGGUAGCAUCAUGCAUAGUGUUCAAAGUGGAUAUUCUGCAUCACAUGAAAGAACUUUAAUGAAGGGAAGAGAUGAGAUUAGGCAUAUUGUUGAUAGCCUGCGUGUUGGUGGUGGAGACUCUAUAAUCAACAAAGCUCAUGCUUUUUAUCAGAUAGCUGUUGACAAGAAUUUUACCAAGGGACGUAGAACUUCUCAAGUUGCGGCUGCAUGUCUUUAUAUUGCUUGUAGGCAAACUAAAAAGGCAUAUCUUCUCAUCGAUUUUUCGGACUACUUGCAGAUUAAUGUUUAUGUGUUAGGUGCUGUGUUUUUGCAGCUUUGCAAAACAUUGAGCCUUUUGGAGCAUCCAAUUGUUCAGAAAUUAGUAGAUCCAAGUCUUUUCAUUCACAGAUUUACAGAACGGUUAUUGGGCAGAAAGAAUAAUGCAGUUUCUGAAACUGCUCUCCGUAUCAUUGCAAGAAUGAAGAGAGAUUGGAUGCAGACAGGGAGAAAACCUAGUGGAUUAUGUGGUGCAGCACUGUACAUAUCUGCACAUUCUCAUGGGCUCAAGUACUCCAAAAUAGAUGUUGUCUCAGUUGUACAUGUUUGUGAAGCAACUUUGACCAAACGGCUGAUUGAGUUUGAAAAUACAGAGUCUGGCAGCUUAACAAUAGAGGAGUUCCUUGCAACAGCUGAUGAACUAAAUGCAGAGAGUGAGCUAGACCAAUUGCCUAAGGCGGGUAAAGUUCUGUGUAAACAUAAAGAUUCCGAGGUGCCUCAUUUUGCACAUGGACUUUGCAGAAAAUGCUAUGAUAAGUUCAUUAAAAUAUCAGGAGGACUUCAAGGUGGUGCUGAACCUCCAGCCUUUCAGCAAGCUGAGCGGCGCAGGAUGGAAAAGGAAGAAAAGGAGAAAAAGAUGAGAGACUCCAACCUAGAUAAUCACCAUACUUAUGAGAAGAGCGGAUCUAUUCAUGACAAGGAAAACGGUUCUGCUAAAAUUCCAGAUAUUGGCCAAGCCGAAGGGAAAACAACAAAUGACCCUGAAAGUGCUGGAUCUGCAGGAGACAACUCUUUGGACUCAGAACAACAGGAUUUAGACGACACAGCAGAUGAUGAGACAGAAAAUUUUUCUGAUAUUGAUGAUGUUGAGGUUAAUGGAUAUCUACACAAUGAGGAAGAGAAGGAACUUAAAAAGAUUAUAUGGGAAGAAAUGAACAAAGAGUAUCUUGAGGAACAAGCGGCCAAGGAAGCAGCUGUUGCAGCUGCCAAGGAGGCUUAUGAAGCUAAUUUUGCAGAUGGUACAGAAGAUGUUUUAGCUGCAAAGGAACUUGCUGAAGCAACUGCAGCAGCCCUAGCAAAGUCCAGAAAGGAACGAAAAAAGAGACGUGCCGAGGAAUCCAAGAAUGCAGCUCCUGCUCAGACUCCUCUCGAAGCAACCCGUCAGAUGCUCAAGAAAAAGACCUUCAGUUCGAAAGUCAAUUAUGAAGCAUUGGAAGCUCUAUACACUUCUGAACAAGACAAUGGGAAAAAGCAAAAAAUCGAAUCAGAUGCCGCUGAUCCUUACAAUCUCCAUGACAACAUUGAGAAUCAUGGAGUUGAUCCAGGUGCUACGGAGGAUGGUGACAGGCCUGAAGAAUUUGAAGACCACAAUUUUGCAGAAGUCAGUUAUGAUGAUUACAAUGGGAUUGGUGAUGAAGAUUAUGGGUAUGACGAGGAUUUUGAUUUUUCGUGAUGGCAUAACGUGAUCUUACACGCUCCCUCUAUCCAGUAAGACUCUUCUAGCUACAUGUUGAAGUGACUGCUGCCUCUCCUGUAGAUUUAUCUGCUAUUUAUUUUAUCCUAUUUAAUUCUUCUUCUUUUUUACAUUAUUCUUUAUAAUGCAACGCUUGCUGGGUUUUUGAGUCGAUGGUGCAUUGACUAGAGUUACUAUAGCUGUAUCCCUGACUUAAUAACAACUUAGUAGUUGUAAUUAGCGGUAGUCUGAGGUUACUGUGUUUGUGAGCUUUGUGAAUAUUAUUAAGUUUAUAUAAUUAUGUAUUUCCGUUACA